AUGGAUAAAAAAUGGCAGGAUAUUUUGAUUGGCCGGUUGGGUAACAGGACUUUGGUCAAUGCCCUUGCUGGAGAAUUGGCCCAGGUUCAAGCUUCAGCCCAGUCCGACGAAGAGUCUGUGGCCGCCCUUGUUGAGAGAUUUGAGAAGUUCUGCAACGAAAACAAUGAGGGAUUGUCAGAAGACGAAGUAACUCAGCUGCACUAUAUCUCCGAUCUGAUCAAAGCGACGAAGGGAUCCGUACUUUUCGUCAAGUCAAUUGUCGAUUAUGCUCCCGCCCAACGAACGGUUGGCACUGCCAUCGUUGAGUACUAUGGUGCAAAUCCAGGGUCGCUAGGUGAAAGCGGAAACCAAUCACUGCGUCUCUGUCUCUUUAAGACUCGCCCAACAGAAACCCUUGCAGGUUUGGUCAAAGCGAGCAAACUUUUGAUGCCAACUAAAGCAAGUCAGAGGCUUGCCGAGCUGGUACUACUCUCCGCUGUGGAGCAAGGAAUAAACAUAUCCAAGCAGUCACUUCCGGGCAUCAACAAAAAUGUUGACAAGUCCAAUCCAGAUGUCUCCCAAGAGUCUAGGAGCCAUGUUGCGGCUCUUCAGCGCCUCCACAGACUUGUCCGAGACCCGCUUAACAUAAGCCCACUGUUGGCCAAAGGCUUCUUGUCCGCGAAUUCUAUCGCGGCGACGGACAGAGACGCAUUUGUCCGACUUCUUGGUACUGGUCACGGCGGCGCGUUAGUCCUUUCUGAAGAUGUCGCCAUCACAAUUUGGCAGCAAGCCAAUCUUAUCGACCUUCGGAAUUCACGUCUCUGGACCGACUUCAUUCUGCAGCGAGAAGAUAUACCAGUCUUGGCUUUGGAAAAGCAGGCCGACUCAGACCCUCCCACUGAGAGCGACGGCUCAACUCAAGUCAUCACCAUGGAAACGCUAUUUCGGGAGUAUGACAGCAUAGAGGUUGACGAGUAUUCGUCUGUCCUGUCGCCGGCAGCGUACCUUGUUGAUCUUCUUCAACUUCUGCGUUACUCGUAUCUGAAUCCUAAGGAUGAAAACGAAACGAAAAAGCCAUCGCGACUGCUCACAAACUUCCUUGACCGGCGUCCAGACGUAGCCGACUUACAACUUUCCGAGGCUAACACCACGACUUUGGUGAGAUACACCGACCUUGUCAAUGAAACCCUGGAGGCUUUCAUCGCUGGGGCUGCUCAACUGGACAAGACUACAGUUCCUGCUGAUCAAGAGGCGUCCAAACCUGUAAAUGACAGAGCAUCUGAAGGCCUCACUUCGCCGUCCACGGACUGGAGAGUCUACGCAAGUGUCAUCCAGCAUCAAAAGUCUCCGCCCAGUUGCGCUCCCUUUAACAUGGGUCUUUAUGCCUGUCGUGAAUACUUUCAAGCUAUUGGUCUAUCACUCUACGAUCUUUUCGAAUUGUUUUCGCCCCUUUCGCUUAGCACUGGUGAUUUGUCCCAGGCAGACCACAAGGAGCAAGCGCAGUUGAUUGCGCUGAUUGAAACUGGGCUGGAAAGGCAGCUCGCUGCAGAAUCUUUGUCGCUCUCACACGAAGAGUUUGUCAUGAUAACCAGAGAAGCGUUUCAAUCUUCAGCUCUAAUUUCGAAGCUACACAAUCACCGCACCGUUUUUACUCAAGAGGAAUAUGCCGAGAGGGUCGGUCUGAGCUCGGUAGGAGAGUACUGGGGUUUUGCUACAGAUGGCCAGGGUUCCGCAAACGAUAAAAUGGCAGGGAAAGUCAAUGGCAUCAACGGCAUUAACAAUAUCAAAGAUGUUUUGCUACCGCGCUCUGGACUGCAGUUCCCGGAACUGUUAGAACUUCUCAAGACCGAGUUCUUAUCAGAUCGUUUGGUAAUAUCUGUCGAGACUGCUAAAGGAACUUUCUCCGGGAAAUUGAAGGACAUGAAACUGUGCAGUACAAAUAUCCAACAACAGGACAUCGACAGUGCUUUGAGAAUCGAAGACUGCGCAGAUUUGCUGUCUCUGAUUCGACUAUGGAGGACUCUCGACUGGAAGCUACAAGAUCUCGACAACGCCAUCGUGACGCUGUCCCUCUCUAGGAUCUCUGGGGAGGCUGUUCCCCCGACUUCCGCAAUAGACGCUGAUCUGUUGCUCGAGCUCGCCGCCAUCAAGAAGCUCGCCGCUCUGACUUCUAUUGAAGUCAAUGAAUUGAUACCACUUUGGGGCACAAUGCGACUAAGCAGUCCCAACUCGCUUUACAAAACUCUUUUUUUCCAACCUCGAUACCUGAAACAGUAUCCGGCGCUGCGAGACUUCAACAAGGAGGAUUCCCAGCAGCCAACGCCCCUCAUCAGGGACCUCAUGACGCCCUUACUAUUAGCUCUGGAGCUGACAAAUGAAGAUUUUCGAGUAAUGUCUCAAGCACUUGGAAUUGCAGAAUCGGCACCGUGGAAUCUUGCCAAUAUCUCCAAGCUCUAUCGCCACAACCUUCUGCGCCGAGUGCUUGGGAUUUCCUUGAAACAGUACUUUUCACUCGAUGUAUUUAACUGUGAAGACAUGGGUCCAUGGCAGAGUCCACGGAAGACAUGGAGCGUUGUAGAGAGGUGGAAGGUUUUACAAGAGGCCGGAUUCUCAAAUACCCUAUUACUCAACGCCUUUGGGGCCACAAUCGACACCGAGGGUAAUUCGGCGUAUAUUGCGGGCUUGGCAGCUGGCAUGUUGUCAUCACUUCAAGCGCUCAACGAAAGUGCUAUUGUCGCACCUGGUUUCAAUGCGCAGACUGAUAUCAACCUUCCAAAUCUUAAUACGAUUUGUAAUUCAGUGUUCGAUUCAACAAUAUCCGAGAAAGUGACGGCUAUGUUGACAGGUACAUGGUCAGUUACAACUGAAUGCCACAUCGGUGUGCAGUUACCAAACGACUCGCCUCUGAGACGAAAGGUCCUUCAAAGGCCUGGAACUUUGACUUUGCGAGGAAUCUUGACGGCCGAAGAGCACGAUACACUCUCGAAACUUGGCUCUGAUGGCACCAGUUGGAGAUCCGAUGUCGAUCGUGUGUACCAGAAAUCCAUCGUACCGCUUCUGGCACUCUCGUCAUCCCUUGGCAGCAACACCAUCGAAAGUUUUACUGGAAUAUUCAGUCCUACUGAGCAGCGGAACCCAUCAGAGAUCGGCACUGAAAGGCUUCAAAUCAUCAAAAACAUCAUCGUGGCAAUCAUUGAUCAGAGCAAACUGCAGGCCAAGAAGGAUUUUAUCUUCGCAACCAUCAGUUCUAAACUUGACGGACUUAUCCCAAGUACCUGUCAAUCUCUGCUUGAAAUGCUAUCUCCCGAUGAUACCAAGCCUCUUGACUUGCUGCUCUCAAUUGAGAAAUUGAAUUCAACGUCAAACCAAACCAUGAUCGGGCCUUUGGAGUGUUUUUUCAUCGCCCCUUCUCUGGACAAGAUUCGUAUUGCUGGGCCAUCCGACAAACACUUUACUCUAUCACUAGGGGGAAAGGAGAUGUUAGCAUCUGAUUCAUCCUCUACCGCACUCUCGACGACCCGUGGUCAAUUAUAUGCUCUCAGCACAGCCAAAGCUGAGGAUCUGAAGCUAUUCUCUGUAGUUGAUUCCUCGGGCACACAAAGCAGACUCGUCGAUCACUUACUGCAUCCUGAUACAGUCGAAAUUGUUCGAAAGGUCCUGCGCAUAUUGAGCACAGCUGCAGAGGUCAUCAACACGAUGAAACUGUCCCCAGACGAGUUGAUCUACUUUAAAGAUCAUCUUCGCUUUGAUGAACCUGCCAGCGAGGGCCUUGAGUUAUUGUGUGACCACGUCAAAGCCCGUGCACUGAUCAAGCCAAAAUCAGGCGUCACCAUACUGGACUUGUACCGAGCUGGCCCCUUGCCACAGGGCUCCGAGAAACUGGAGACCAUUUGUAACCAGCUUUCCAAGUCCACUGGUUUCGAACUGCUUCGUGUUCGCGAACUGGUGACAGCCUGCGUCACUGCAGCACGAAGCGCCGUCGCCAUUGAUGCAAAGUUUCUUAUACGAUUGAACCGACUGAUGUCGUUUAUCGAACGCGUCAAUGUAUCUGCCGAGAAGAUGAUCCAGUGGAGCGCUCUCACAACCCCAGAGGACACGACACCAUUAUAUGAGGCCGCUAAAUCGUUGGAAAGGAUUGUCACAGUCCGUUCAGGAGCCUCCCCAGCAAAGGCAGUCGAAAAUGUCACCAUGCAAAAGAGAGAGUGUCUUGUUCAACAUCUGAUGGCGCUCGCAACGAAGUAUGGUGUGCCUGCGGAUGUUGAAGGCCUUUUUGAAUACUUUCUCAUGGAUGUCAAGAUGGGCCCACAACAAGAAACCUCGCGUAUCAAGCAGGCAAUCUCAACAGUCCAACUGUUUAUACAGAGGUGUCUUUUGGGCCUGGAGAAAAAGAACGGCAUUCCCACAACGGCUAUCAAGCGGGACACUUGGGCAUGGAUGUCGAAAUUCGUGCUGUGGCAGGCAAACAGAAAGGUCUUUCUCUAUCCUGAAAACUGGAUCGAACCUAGUUUACGCGACGACAAGAGCCAGUCAUUCCGUUCUAUAGAGUCAUUGAUCCUGCAGAGUAAUCUGAACUUGGAGGUCAUUGGGUCAAUCUUUCGACGCUACAUCUAUGACACCAAUGAAAUAGCAGAUCUCCAGAUACUCGCGUAUUUUUGGGAGUCUGGAGCCAAGUUCACUGGAAAAUAUCACCUAUUUGCAAGAACAAGGACCGCGCCAUACCAGUACUACUACAGAGUGUUCGAGGUCACAGGGGUCCAGAACGACUCACCCCGAUUCAAUUGGUUCCCCUGGGCCAAAAUUGAAGUAGAGAUACCUGCCCUUGAGGUCGAUUGGGACGGCAAAAGCUUGUCUAAAGCAGGAACCUAUUUGGUCCCAACUAUCUACCGCGGUCGCCUGUUCCUGUUCAUUCCUCAGAUACUGCUCAGAACCCGUCCUCAGGCAGCCAGUAGUGUAACCCUCAAGCUGGGCGAAACCAUUCAGCCACCGGAGAAUCAGCAAUACUGGGAGAUCAAGAUAGGGUGGAUUGAAUAUCGAAAUGGCAAGUGGUCGAGGAAAGAGGUGUCUUCAUCAAGCCUUGAGGUUGAGGGAUACAAGACUCAGCCAAACGAUCCUUCGAUUCCAGCCGCUGCCAGGAAUAUGCCGUCUAUAUCAGCCUUCCACUUUCGCGCCUCGGCUAGAACAAGUCCAGCUACUGACAAAACGGACUCAGUCGUGCCAGGUAACAAUAUUCUUGUUCUUGACGUGUAUCGGUGGUUUGAAUCCAAACCUUCCGAUUAUCGACAAAUCCACCUGGGCCGGUUUGAGCUUCGAGGGACGCAGAUGAUUGUCAGUGACUUCAAAGACACUAGCACGGCUUGGAAACGCACUACCCCAACAAGGUUCCAGCAGCUUGACCAUAAAACUUCCGAGAAAGAAGAGACCAAGUUCAAAGCAGAAUUACAAAGUUACCGGCAGUACAAUCCGUCUACGAGACCGGCUAGUGAACAACAGCCUCUGCUGACGCUGCCACCUCACAUAGCCGAACUGGAUACUGAUCCUACCCAGAAGCUUACUUGGACUGUCUCUUACAAUGAGUUCCAGUACAACGGUCCAUCUGCUUUGGUUCUCGAAAGAGCUACAGUGUCUCAUGUGGAUUCAUACUUUGGAAUCAUCGGACGUGACAGCCAAGGUCUUGUACCCUCCACGCAGCGGGAUACAAGUUCGGUACAGCGACUAAGCAAUGAUACUUGCCAGACACUGAUGGAAAUAGUAACAAGGUCAGACAGCCUGGAAGGCCUUUUCAAUGGCCUAGAGACUGUGCCUGAAUCCAAGAUCAAGAAUGUCUUUGGUGACCACGGGGAGGGAACAAUGAGAGAAUUGGGGACAGCAAACUCGAUUUAUAGCUGGGAGUUAGGAUUCCAUCUAGUACUCCUUCUAAUGGAACGCCUAUACGCGACUCAGCAGUUCGAACUUGCGCUGCAGAUUGCGAGCUUCGUAUUCGAUCCUCGAGCAGAUGACGAACCCAGUCCGAAAGGCAGUAACACACAGCCAUCUGAUAAACCAUUAUCCAACUUGGACCGAUGUUGGAGGUUUGUUCCUUUCAAAAACCCAAACCUCCGCCUGGCAGGAUCCACGAGGCAGGUAGUUCAAAGACUUUCUGCGGGACAUGACAAAUCCAAUGAUAUCAAUGACUGGCUUCAGAAUCCCUUCAACCCUCAUGCCAUUGCUCGUGGCAGGCCCUCAAUAUACAUGAGACGCUUCAUCAUCAAAUACAUACAGAUACUUGUCGCAGCUGGAGAUGUAUACUUUCGAGAAGAUACUUUGGAGAGCCUCCCCCUCGCUUUGCAGAGAUAUGUGCAAGCCUCACAGUUGUUUGACAAGAGACCGGUGGUUCUUCCACGACAGACCAGGCCUAUCUCAAAGUCCUACAAUGCAAUCAUCGGCGAUCUUGAUGACUUUGGUAGUGCCGAGAUCGAUAUGGAGUUGCAUGCACCCUAUUUUAUUCAACCCAGCGAUCAAGAAAAUGCAUCCGCUCCAUUUUACAACGGCGUACAAGGCAUGGUACGCUCGCCAUAUUUCCCUGUGCCCGCAAAUCCGCAAAUGGCAGCACUGCGAGAUCUUAUCGACGACCGCUUUUUCAAGAUACGCAACAGUCUUGACAUUAACGGCAAUUUUCGUCGUCUCCAGUUGUUUGAGCCACCCUUGGACCCUGGACAACUCGUACGCAGCAUGGCCACAGGCGGUAUGGCAAGUGUAGUUGCCAACGCUCUGACUGGCCCUAUGCCAAACGCUCGCUUCGCGUUGCUUUUGCAAAAGGCUUUUGAGAUGUGUACCGAGCUUCGAUCGAUGAGUGAUGCGUAUCUAGUCAUCAAAGAGAAAAAAGAUGCCGAGGCUUUAUCAGCACUGAGAUCUCGACAAGAUCUUGCUAUGCAGAAUGUUGUACUGCGUAGUAAGCAACUGGCACGAGACGACUUGGUUAAGAAUAUGGAGAUUCUUGAGUUGAACCGCAAGUCCCAGGUUAUGAGAUUGAAUUACUAUCUUGCGCUGACAGGAGAGUCGAGCAGCAAAGUUCCAAAGGCGGGUGGUUCCUGGACUGAGAUUCAUCAAUCCAUCGCCAAACCUACGGACGAUGAGCUGGUUAUGAGUCCUGAGGAGAGCAUGGAAAUGGUGAAGAAUGAUGAGGCUCAAGAGCUCGGCAUUGUUGCCACUGCGAUUCAAAACACUUGUUCAAUAUUGAUGGCUCUCCCAGAGAUCCAAGUUCAGGCACAGCCCAUGGGCAUCGGUGCCUCUACUCAAAUGGACCCUAAAAAGAUAGCCGAUGGAAUGAUGUUGGUCGCGUCAGUGAUUCAACAAGAAGCGGCUACAAGAAAUUUUGAGGCUGGCCGGGCGUCUCGAAAAGGGCAGUUGAUCAAGCAGCUGCAAGAUAGGCGACUCCAAGCCAACCAGGCCGGCUAUGAGAUCAUGGUCACAGAUAAGUCGAUCGAAAGCCAGCGUAUCAAGAUUGAGAUGGCGGAAGCCGAUAUUAGCAUGGCCAAGCAACAAAUCGAAGAUCUGACAGAGAUGGACGAGCACCUUCGUAACAAGUACACCAACGAAGCACUGUACUCGUGGAUGGAUACCAGCGCGCGGAAGCUCCUGUAUAGAACAUACCUCAUCGCAAUUGACGCGGCCAAGAGCGCGGAGAAAGCCUUUUUGUUUGAGCGACCAUCACCCUCGACUCCCGAGAGUCUAAUCGAAAGCUCAUAUUGGAACGAUUCUCGGGACGGAGCAUUUGCGGCUCAAAACCUGUAUCUUGAUCUCAAACGGAUCGAGAGCUUGAAUAUGACGCGCAAGCCUCACGAUUUCGAAGUCAAGAAGAGCAUGUCAUUGCGGCAGAUUGACCCUUGGGCACUCCUCCGGUUCCAAGACACUGGCAAGACCGAAUUCAUGCUUCCCGAGGUGUUGUUCGACUAUGACUUCCCGGGACAUUAUUGUCGACGGAUCAAGUCGCUCUGGGUGACGAUCCCGUGUGUCGUGGGCCCCUAUACCAGCGUUUCUUGCACAUUGAGGCUUCUCGAGCAUGGGUAUCGCCUACGUCAAAAGCAAAAUGGUGCGGCCUACUACCCUGUUGGUAGCCUCAAUUCCGACUUGCGUUACCAUACGGACAAGGUUCCGAUCUCUGCCGUGGCGCUUAGCUCGGGCUUCCAGGACACUGGCGCCUUCGAAAUGGAGUUUGCAGCCGGCGAGAGAUACGGUCCGUUCGAGGGAGCUGGCGUAGUGUCUCGAUGGUCGUUGGAACUACCCACCAAAACACGUCAAUUCGACUACCAUACCGUGAGCGACGUGAUCAUCCAUAUCAAUUACACCGCAAUGAAUGGAGGUGCUGCAUGGCAGAUGGAGGCCGAAGACGCCGUGACCAAGUUCCAAGAAAGUGCCGACAGUCAAAUGCACGUGGCCCUGUUUGAUCUGCGCGAUGGAUUGACGAGGCUGAGCAGCACCGGUGAUACACCCAAACUGACGGUCGCAAAUGUCUCGUCGUUGCUCCCAUUCUGGACGCGUGGCCGACAACCGACCUUUUCCAGGUUCUGGCUCGUGGCAUCGAGAGGUUCGUCUUUGCUAGGAGACAAAGACGGUGGCAACUUGCCCAGUGUUGGAGGGAAAUUGGCUGCAAAGAUUACUGACACCGAGAAGGAUGGGCACGAGAUAGGAAUCGCGUCACCAGAAGCAUUGAUGGGUGGCACAUUUGAGGUUGUCGCUACUGAUGAGGAUACUACACAUGGAACGGAAAUGAAGGACAUUGUCAUUGAGCUGAAUAGCCUUCAAGGAAAGGACGUUGCCGCCAUACGUGCUGCUCAAGGUCAAAGGCUGUGGUUGUUGGCAGAGUACCAUGUUAAGCCAGUGCUUAAUACGUAG